AUGGCGGAACGAGGUGUCGAGGAACUUUCAGUGUCAGCCUUCAGCAUCACUGAGGAACUGGCGGUGUACCACGAGGAAGAAGAUGGCAGUGGAUCCGUCGGGCCUCCGGCGUGGCGGCACAGACAAUGGUGGGGAAGAAUGAUGAGCUUGGAGAAGAGAGUGAGGGGAGAAGAGAGUGUUCUGUCUAGAGAUGAAUCUAAAACGGAGCAAAUGGCCAUUUUUGUUUUGAGAUUUGUUACUCUAGAUGGUUUUGUUAAAGAGAGAUUCUUUGAUCUUGUGCAUGUCACUGAUACUUGUGCAACAACUUUAAAGAAAGAAUUGAUUUCUGUCCUUUCUCAUUAUAAUCUCCAAGUUGAAAAUAUUAGGGGUCAAGGGUAUGAUGGUGCUAGCAACAUGCGGCUUCAAGAGUCAAGAGNNAUACAAGAGUUGAAUAGUAGAUUUAAUGAGCAAACAAUAGAGCUUUUGACUUUGAGUUGUGCUUUGGAUCCUAAGGACAAUUUCAAAUCAUUUAAUAUUGAAGAAAUUAGCAAGUUAGCAGAGAAGUUUUAUCCCCUUGACUUUCCUUCUAAUGAGCUAAAUAUUUUGAAAUCUCAGUUGCAACAUUAUCAGCAUGAUAUACCAAAUCAUUUGAAAGGCAUUGGUACACUUUCUGAAUUGUGUAACAAGUUGCAAGAAACGGGAAAAUCAAGAACUUAUCACAUGGUUGAUAGAUUAAUACGUCUUGUUUUGACUCUACCAGUGUCUACAGCAACAACAGAAAGAGCUUUUUCAGCAAUGAAAAUUGUUAAGACAAGACUCCGAAGUAAGAUGGCUGAUGAAUUUCUUGCAGACAAUCUGGUCAUCUAUAUAGAGAAAGAAUUAGCAGCUAUUUUUGACACAAAUUCAAUUAUAGAUGAUUUUGAAAAUAGAAAAAAACGUCGAAUAGCCUUUUCAUGA